AUGGCACUCCCUACACCGACCAUCGAUCUCCUGCUAAACCUCAUCGACACGCGCCCCCAGUCCAUCCUCCAGUCCCUCGCGCAGCACCCUCAGCUCGCCUCAGCCCGCGAUGCACAUGGCUACUCGCUUGUUCACGCCGCCGCCUCAUACAACCAGCUGAGCGUCCUGCGCGAGCUGAUCCAGAAGUACUCCGCAGAUGUCAACAUCCUCGACGAAGACGGCGAAACCGCACUGUUCGCGACAGAAAACACUGAAGUCGCAAAAUGCUUGGUCGAGGAGCUGGGCGCAGACGUGAACAUAAGUAAUAGCGAGGGCAAGACAGCCGAGGAGAAGAUUGGCGAAGAGGAGGGUGAGGGACAUGAAGUGUACCAGUACUUGAGGAGUCUGAGGACGGGUGGUGAGCCGGCGAGCGUAGGAGUUGUGGCUACUGAUGGUGUACACCCUCCUCCACCGCUACCGAAUGGUGUGCAGAUCAACAUGGGUACCAUGGCAGAGGACGCUGCUGGUGAGGCGCCAGAUCCAGAGAUCAGAAGGAGGAUUGAUGAGCUGGCGGCAAGAGAGGACUUCCAGACUGAGGAGGUGCAACAGCAGUUGAGGGAGCUCAUCCAGGAGGUGGUCACUGGCAUUGGUGCGGAUCAGGGAGAGCGGAAUGUCAGGCAGAGGGUAGAUUGA